AUGGUUUAUGGAACAACGGACGAUUUUCUGUAUAUCGCCACAGGGAAAGGGCUCGGCAUUGAUGGCCGCGAGACUUACUACAACGAUUUAUGGAGAUUUGAUUUUGAAAGAAAGUCAUGGGAGCAAGUAUCAACAUCAAAAAAUCCUAGUCCACGUUACUCAGCGUUUGGUGGUGUUCGUGAGUUUUACUUUUUCCUUUCACACGGUACUAAUGACGAGGAACAAUAUUCCAAUACCUUUACAUUUGAUGUGGAUCGACCUUCUCGUGGAUGGACGGAAAUCCACUUGGGAAUUAGCAAGUAUGACCCCAAACAACCACAUGCUCGACAACAGUCAACUGGUACUAUCCUCUCUGAUGAUAAAGUAUUAAUGUUCGGAGGAUGUCUGAGUGGUUUAGGAUCCGGUGGACCAUGUCCAUCGGACGAUUCAUGGACAUAUACAGCUGUAAAGGGUUGGUCUCAGUUGAAUCGUUGCUCCUCGCCGAAAAUCUCCUCGGCUAUGGCGCGUCUGCCAAAAGGAAAUGCGUCAUAUGAAAGAGUGAUUCUCUGGGGUGGAAAUGCUGAUAGCAGAACAACUCUAAAGCUGGAUGACAAUCGGGAGGACGAAAUUUUGGUGUUUGAUGAGAACGAAAACGAAUGGAAGAUCAAGAAAACCCAAGCAAGGAUUGCGUUUCCAUCUCAACGUGUGGGUCACGUGAUGGUCACCACCACGGAUGGCGUUGUCAUGUUUGGUGGUGAGGAACUGAGCUCUGGUCAAUACCUCUCUGACAUAUGGUUAUUACGGGGCAGAAGCAUCGACGCUGAGCGAAGUAGAGAUGGACGCGAUUGUGGACGUCAAUAUUUCAAUCUCAUCAUGCUUCAUGGUGUCUUCAUGUUCAUUGGUUUUGCUGUCUUUUCUAACAUGGCAAUAUUUGUUGCAAGGUGUUUUCGUUUUCUUCAGCCGCUGUGGUUGAAGAUGCACAUUAUAUUACAUGUAGGUAUAUGAACGUCGGUAUAUGACACAAAUUCAGUAGACAAAAAGAAAUUUAAAUAUCUAAAUCAUAAAGUGGCUUUCUCUACUUUGUUUGAAAGUGGGUAAAGAGCUGACAGUCGAGUUCGGUUAUUUUUGUUGACGCAUUUUGUCGAAGGGCAAACAUAUAUUAGUCACUAUAUAAUUGACACCAUUUAAUUGUCCCUAUAUACUUGACAUAAACAAUUUUUUAAAGAAAA